AUGGACGAUUACGAUAUUGAUAGGAAUAGAUCUCCAAGCGAUGUCGAUCGAAAGGAAGACUCAUAUGGUAGAGGAGGUGGUCAUAGUGAUGGAGGUGGCAGUAGCAGAGGUGGUGUAAUCUCUGCAGAGGAGAGGAACAAUGGCAACGCAUUACAUAUAACAGGAUUCUCAUUGUCCUUGAAGGAUGAGGAGCUAAGAGAGAAGUUUGUUUCCUUUGGAAAGAUAUUGGAAUGUGUUAUAAUGGUCGACCCAAAUACAAAGAUAUCACGUGGCUUUGCCUUUCUUACAUUCGAGAUGGCAGAUGAGGCUGAUGAAGCCAUUAGGAUAAUGGAUGGUACAAAGAUAGAUGGCAAUGUGAUCAAAGUUUCAAAGUCAAGAAGAUCAAGACCAAGAGAAUCAACACCAGGUUCAUAUAUGGGUUACGAUAAGAAGAGGAGAGGUGGAGGCAUUGGUGGCCCAGGUGGCGGCGGUGGUGGUGGCCCAGGCGGUCCACCUAGAUCAGUGUUUAGCCCCUACCCUCCAUACCCAUACCCUGCGGCCGCCGCAGCGGCAACAAAGUAUCCACCAUAUCCACCACCCUACGGUGGAUAUUAUGGCUACGGCGCCUUCCCCUACCAAUACCCACCAGCACCAGGCUAUGGUGCGCCACCACCUCCACCACCCGCUCCCAAGAGCAGCCCAUACGAGAGCAGAUAUUCUCCGUACAUGCGAUAUGACACCAACGGUUCAUCAAGGACUCACAGCAGUCGCGAACCAUACGACACACGCGAUGCCCCACGUGGCGCUGACCGUGACCACGGACGUGGCGGUGACCGCGACAGAGACUACCACACCAGCCGCAGCAGCAGAAAUUAA